UUUAUAUGUGCAGGGGCCUCUAAGCUUCUCGGUUGGAAAGCCGAGCCAGAGUCCUUUACUCCCGCCUGAUACAUUCAAGGGAGAGGGUCCGCGGAAGAGCGUCCCUUGCUCGAUCCAGUCGGGAGGGGAGCGCCUUACCGACAGAUUACGUUUAGAGGGGCAAGCAUCCACUCAUGUAGUAGGAUUGCUCGAAGACUCAGGUCCAAGGAAGACAAAGGAAGAACGCAUGCAAGAAUAUACUUUCUCGAGCAGAUUCGCAUGCUCACUACUCAAGAAACUGGUGGACUUGUGUUGGGAUAUAUUUUAUAGGGAAUGUCAGUCCUAACAUUAUACAGGGAAAAUAUUCACAUGCUCACUACUCAAGAAACUAGGGGACUUGUGUUGGAAUAUAUCUUCUAUAGUCA